AUCGGGUCUCCUCCUCGCACAGUCGUCCUUAUCACAUCGGUGAUCAGCAUCUUCGAAGAUCUUUCCCUGUCACCCUCGCGAAGAUGGGCGAUGAAGAUGCGCCACCACCACGGCGACAAGCGUCAUCGGACUCGCCCAGCAAGCUCCCACGACGGCAGAUCCAGCCACUCAGCAAGACGGCAACGUCAUCCAGUUUGUCGUUAUCUCAGAGGGAUUCAUCGUCGCGCCUUGCUUGUGCCUUUUUGCCGAGCAUCCUGCUCAUGUGGUUGAUGGGACUCGUCUGCAGUCACGAACGGUCCCCACGCACGCCAAUCCAUCCCCUAUCCCCCCUCACAUCCCUACCUGCGGACCCUCCCAUCCCAUCUGCGCAUCUGUCCAGCCGCGUGCGGCGAGUGCCAUUCGGUGGUUCAUCUGCGAGGCGAGGUGUGGCAUAUGUGCCCCCGACUCAGUUGACAGCAUGGGAGAUCAUCAAGGUGUUUUCACGGCUGAGGACAUGCCGGGGAGAGGAUGGCCCUGGACCCCAUGUGUCAUUCGAGGAGCGGCAGAAGCAGCUCUUCCAAGGCCAGAGGUCAAUCACAUUCAAACAGUUCAAAGAAAGGGUACGCGAGGCAGACUCACACGAGCAAUCAUUCGUCCACACCAAGAUGCCUACCGGCUGCUGUUGAUCGGUGUCAGCUUCCGACGAUGCCAGCUCGUUGGUUCACGUCUGAGGUGCCCAACCGGCAGUACGGCAAUUUACUGACGGAGCCUCUGCAGCCUGAGACUUACGAGUCGGUCUUCAAGGCGCUGUCCGGCUGGAAGGACGAGCUCACUGUGGCCGAGUUCACUCGCAAGGUGGACCACCACGUGCUGGCAGGCAACUUCUCUGGCUUUCUGAAGGUGCUGUUCGACCUCGAAUUCGAGCACUACGAUCAGACACACGUGAGGGAAGUGAACAGGGCACAGCAGAAGAGGGCGGCGCGGAGCAAGGCCAUGUGAGGGGGAUGGAUGGAUGGAUGGAUGGAUGAGUGUCGCAUGCUUGAACGGGCCAGAUGUGUUUUGUGGUGGAAUGUGUCUGGUGUGCUGUGGAGACUGCGCUUGGCAAGGCCAGGCCGCAGCACGCACGUGUAGACUAGAGCAGUGAGUGACUGGGGUGUAGAGGCGUGUCGGUUUAUGGAUGCAGGCAGCGGUUGUGCGUCCAUCGUGCGCGUGCUAGUGAGAGUCGCAAGGCGACGAAUCGACUGGGUUUUGGAUGACACAGCUGCAGUCGUCCCCAAAUUACACGGUGUGCCUGCCUUUAGAUCGAUCUGAGUGAAGUGUCUCACCAUGUGCGAUUGGUUCAUGACCUGUUCACGUGUGCCGAUGUCAGCAAAAGACAUCGAAAUAUAAAACGUAGACACCGAUGUGAG